UUAUAUUUAUAAGUUAUAACCUCUUUGAUUUGUUUAUAUAUUUUGAAUAACAUAAAUCCCUUUAUGAAGGAACAGUACUAGUGAAAUGUUUUAAUUAAAAUUUUAAUGUCCAGUAAAGGUUGUAACUAUUGAUGAAUGUUUUGAUCUAGCUUUAGUUGCGUAUAAAACUGGAAUAGUUCAAUGGCGGGAAUAAAAUCAUUAGCUGUACGAGGUAUUCGCAGUUUUGGUCCAGAAGAAUGUGAUGAGCAGAGAAUUUCUUUCGAAACACCCUUAACUUUGAUAUUGGGGCAAAAUGGGUGCGGAAAAACAACGAUUAUUGAAUGUUUACGAUACGCAGUGACUGGCCAAAUGCCACCCGGCAGUCGAAAUGAAUGUUUUGUUCAUGAUGCUAAAGUCAACAGAUCUAGUGAAGUCAUGGGACAAGUGAAACUGAAGAUAGUAAAUGCAAAGGACAAACAAUUGGAAAUGUCACGCUCUAUGAGAGUGACUGCAUUUCAAAAGAAAAAAACUAAAUUUCAAACAUUAGACACUUGUCUUAGUGUGAUUGAUGAAAAUGGAAAGGCAAAAGACAUCUCUUCUCGUUGUGCUGAAUUGGAUAUGGUCAUGCAUGAAGAACUGGGUGUAUCAAAGGCAAUACUGAAUUCAGUGAUAUUCUGUCAUCAAGAAGACUCUGGCUGGCCUCUAGAUGAAGGCAAAAAGGUCAAAGAGAGAUUUGAUGAAAUCUUUGAUGCUGAUAAGUACAGUGAUUGUAUUGAGAAGCUAAGAAAAAUCAGAAAGGAGUAUGUUACCACAUUGAAACUUCUAGAACAAGAGGUAGCUCAUUUAACAGAUAAGAAGCAAGAGUUAGAUAAAAAGAAAUUAGAUUUAGUUAACACUGAGUCAAGAAUCUCAGAGUCUGAAUUGAAACUUUUAGAGUUGACCCAAGAACUCAAACCAAUUUCAGAAAAAAUCAAUGCAAUUGUUGCCUUGCAAAAGAAUUUAGUGCUAUUUGAGACUAAAAAAGAGAAGAUUAAGACAAGAUUGGAACAUUGCAAGACACAAGAGGAAGAACUUAAGAAAAGUAUUGAGACUGUAUUUGAAGGAACAACAGAGAAUUUGCAAGCAAAUAUUACCAACUAUGCCGCUACUGCUAAAGCAAAACAGAAGGAAUUGGACGAAUCAUAUAAAAAAAAUACUUCUUUUAAUAAAGAAGAAGAGAAAAUCGCAAAUGAAAAGACAGCUAAUGAGGUUAAAUUUAAUAAACUGAUCUUGUUAGAAAGUCAGAAUCAAGAGAAGAUUGAUAAGAGAAAUACUCUUAUUGUCGAUACUGGAAAACUUGCUGAAAUUGAAAUAGAGAAAGUGGAGACUGAUGAAGACGCAGAGAAAGGCAGGGAGGUUAUCACUCAGAGAAUCAAACAGCUGCAAGAUGCUCUGAAAGAACAGAAGGGUCUGGCUGACGAUGAAGAAAAGAUAUACCAAAAUCAAGUUGACCAGAGCCGGGAUGCUCUUUCAAGGCACAAGGAGAAAAUAGCUAACAAGCAGGAAGACAUACAAAGCAACAACAAAAAUAUUACCAAAAUUGAGAAACAGAUCACCGACGCCAAUAAAUCUAAACAACGUCUCGAGACUGUCGAAGCCAAACUUAAAACUGCCGAAGAGGAUUUUGAUCGUAUGAAAAAUGAACUAAAUACUGAGGAAUGUCAAAAGGAGAUAUAUGAAAAUGAAAAAUUGAUCGAAACUCAAGAUAUUGAACUCGAAGAACUUAAUACAAAGGUCACCAAACUUCAAAAGCAGACGUCUAAAUUGAAGGAGCGAGAUAUGGUCGAGGAGUCGUUGAAGCAAAAGGAAAAACAACUCGCAGUAUUGAAGAAUAAACAUAGGACGACAUUAACCGAAUUAUUGGGAGAUAUUCAAAACAACUUUGCGGUAUCAGUGAACAAGCUCGAGUGUAAACUUAGAUCUGAAGUGGAUUCAGCUAAACAGAAGAUAAAGGAAAAACAAUUAAAGAUAACUCGCCUGGAAGCGGAUCGUAAGCACAUUCGUGAACAACUAAACGAUCGUCGCGCCGAACUAACCAAGGCCGAAGAUCAAAUGUACAAGGCAUGUGGUACUCAGACAUAUGAAGCCACGCUAGCGAAGAUAACUACAACAGUAGAAAAAUUACAAGAUGAACAAAACGUUUUACAGUCGUCAAUGUUUAUAAUAGCAAAAUAUAAAACCCAACUGAAAGACAACAACUGCUGCCCUCUAUGUAACCGAGGGUUUGAUAGUGACAAUGAGGUGACAGAUCUUAUAUCACAAUUAACCACUCAAGUGCUAAAUGUGCCAGCAAAACUCGAGAAGGUCACUGAAGAGUUACAAGUGUCCUCCGCUAAGAAAGAUGAUCUUCUAAGUAUGAAGACCCUCAAUGAGAGGAUCAAUACCUUAAAAGAGAAAGAGAUUCCUCAAUUAGAGACACGUAUGACUGAUGUUGAUUCUCAAAUAUCGAAAUUAACGGAGACGUCAGAAGAGUUAUCACUGUGCUUAAUGGAGCCAGAGCAAAAGUUGCAAACCGCUCGCGGUAUUCAAGGCGACAUGCCGCUUCUCGAUAGAUUUACUAACGAAGUCAACACUACCACAAAGGAUUUGGAGGCCAUAAAAUCCCAAUGCACGGACAUAAUUACCGACAUGACUUUGGAUGAAGCGACAGCCAAGCAGAUUUCGUUACGACAAAGUGUUAGUUCUCUACGUGCAAGUGUGAAAAAUGCUCAGCAGAAGUUAAACGCGCAUAACAGAAAAAUUAACUCUAUGAAUGAGAAAAAAAUUAAAUUCAAAGAGGAACUUGUUAAUAUACAGAAAAAGGUCCAAGAGUUGGUUAACCUGCAAGAGAAUCUCAAAGAGUUGGAGGUCAACAAAGUGAAGUAUGCAGAGGAACUGAAAGAGCUGGAGACAGGAAUCGCGCCAUUGGAAGCGGACCUCAAGGAGAAACAGAGCACCAAGAAUGAAGUUGUAAAAAAGAGCAGAGGCGAGGUCGACGUUAAGAACAAUUACAUAAUGAAAGUUGUAAACGCCUUCGACAAAGUGAAGAUCAUUGACCUCGAAAUCCGACAGCACAAAGAAAAGAAUAUUCAAAAGGAAAUGGACAAGAUCAAAGAAGCCAAUGAUGCGUUGAUGGAAAAGCAAAAACAGGUUAUGGCUGACCGAGACCUUCUCACUAAGAAGAUGUCAAGUCUGCGUGAUGAGCUGUCAAAACAGGAGAUUUACAAGCGCAAUUUAGAAGACAACUUGAAGCUCCGCAAAGCGCAAGCUGAAAUUGCAUCUUCGGACAAAGAGCUAGCUGAAGUGAACGAAAAGCUGUCUGGUGUCAACACUGAGACACUCUCAGAAAAGGAGGAACUUAUAUCCAAGCAGACCAAGAUAUUCCGUGAAAAGGCCCAAAAUGAGGGAAAGCUUGGUGAGCUCAAGGAAAGACUAAAGCAAAACAAGGCUGAUCUUAAACGCACACAGAAUAAAGACAUAGAGAUGCGAUACCGAGAGAAAACUUACGAACUACACGUGACAAAGGCAAUAGACCGGGAUAUUCGAGAUUACCUUGUUGCCCUUGAUAAGUGUCUGCUGGAGUUUCACCGGGAGAAGAUGGAGAACAUCAACCUGAUCAUCAGAGAGAUGUGGAGAAAAAUUUACAGAGGAAAUGAUAUCGACUACAUUGAAAUAAAGACUGAGGGCAGUAUGACAGCUGAUUCGGAUCGCCGCAAAUAUGAUUAUAGGGUAGUUCAAUGCAAGAAUGGCGUUGAAAUAGAUAUGCGCGGGCGCUGCAGUGCAGGGCAAAAGGUCCUUGCUUGCCUCAUCAUACGACUUGCGUUGGCCGAGACAUUCAGUUCAAGGUUUGGUGUCCUCGCUUUGGAUGAACCAACAACUAACUUAGAUUCAGAAAAUGUUCAAAGUUUGUGUUCAGCUUUGGGUGAGAUAGUCCAAGAGAGGAUGAAGCAAAAGAACUUUAUGUUCAUCAUCAUUACCCAUGAUCGACAGUUCAUUGAGUCUUUAGGAAACAUUGAUAAGGUUACACACUUCUAUGAAGUCUCUAGAAAUGAAGAAGGAAAGUCUAGGAUUAAAAAAAUUAGGUUUACCUAA